CGGAGAGGCUGCUCAUUUACUGCCUGGAUUAAGGCACUUCCGCCCCCUCGCCAAACACAGCGGGCGCUGGAGGCAGUAGCCAGUGGCCAUCUCAAGACCCACAGCGAGUUUCGCGACCCCGCGCGCCGCGUAACCGCAGCGCGAAGACUUGGCGCCGCGCGCCCAAAUCGCCGCCGCCCGCCGCCGCGGACCCGGCGCCCGCGCUAGAACCGCGGCGCGAGGCCACCCAAGGCCCGCGAGAACCUCGGGAGCACCGCGCGCCGCGCGCCGGGCCCCUAAAAAAAAGAGGCGGGAACACCGCGGCGGUUUCGACCCGCCCCGCGCCGCAAGGCCCGCGAGAACCUCGCGAGCGCCGCGCGCCGCGUAUCGACGCCCUAAAAAAAAGAGGCGGGAACGCCCGGAGCGGUUUCGCGCACGAUGAUGAUGUCCCCGCCGAGCCCCGGGCGCCUGCCCCAGAGCCCCAGGUUGGGCCACCCGCCGCCGCUCGCGACGCCCGGGUUCUUCGACGACCCCGACGACGACGCGCUCAUCUGGACGGCGACCUCCAGUCAUCAAUUGGACCAGGACAAGGGCUGGGAGGAGCCGCCCGUGUCGCCCGUCCUGCGCCCGUUGCAGACGCCGUCCCAGAACGAGGUCAUGGAGAUGGCGCAGCGAGCGUGGAGUCCGACCAAAGCUCCUCAGCGUUCACAAGUGAAUCAGGUCACGCCGGCGUGCUCGCCCGUCGGCCCCGUGGACCACAGUGCGCCGCUCAUGCCGGGCCUGUCGACGCAAGCGCCCGAAUUCGUGCCGGGCUAUCCCCAGCAGCCUCAGGUCCCGUUCGACCCGCACGCGAGGAUGGCGGGGACCAUAGUUCAUCUCAGUCGUAGACUGUGUGGCGCGUUCACGUCUCGUCGACUGGAUGGUAGCACGGCGACGUACUAUAAUGGGUGGUACGGGUUCGUGCGGCCGGACGCGGCGACCUUAGAUGCGGAAGGGAUCUGUCGGGACGACUUGUUCUUGCAUCCGUCCGAUGCUGCUGAUGAUUAUAAUCCGGCGGUCGGGGACCGCGUGACAUUUAGAAGAGGCACGCACAACGGUCGGGCCAAGGCGGUGGAAGUGCGCUUGAUCAUGGAUCCAGCUAGAAGGAUGGUGCCGCACGAGCCCGCCGUCGCGCCGUGCUGGGCGGCGCCGGCUCGAGCCGUGUCGCCGGACUACCGGCAGGCGCCGGCCAUUAGGGGCGAGAACCGUCAUGUUUCAUUGGGCCCGCGCGGGUCGCCCCAGACGUAUCCGCAACAUGCGUACGCGCCGCAGCCGCAGCGGGCGCACUUCCCGCCGCAUCAGCUGGAACUGCCCCAGGCGGCGCCGCCGGCGCACUGGUAGAUUGCCCCAAAGCCGCGCUCUACCGCAAGAAGAAGACUCAAAGCUAAGUACUACAUAUACGCU